AUCUCUGGUGUCAUCAUGACGGUCUCCGGUACUCUGCACACUUACGAGGACAAUUUCCGCGCCUUCAAGGCCCUGAUCGCGGCCAAAUAUUCGGGCGCUCAGGUCAAGACCGCUCCGACCGCUCCGGUGACCUUGGGUCAAGAGAACAAGUCCGCGGCCUUUUUGGCCAAGUUCCCCUUGGGCAAGGUGCCGACCUUUGAGGACGACUCUGGCGUUUGUCUGUUCGAGAGCAACGCCAUCGCUUACCACGUGGCCAAUGAAGCCCUCCGCGGAUCCGACCCCGUGCAAAAAGCCCUGGUCCAACAAUGGAUCAGCUUCGCCGAGUCCGAGGUUCUACCCGCUGCCUGCACCUGGGUCUUCCAAGUGUUGGGCUUGAUGCAGACCAACAAGAAUGCCCAGGAGAAGGCGAAAGACGAGCUCAAGGUGGCCUUGAAGAUGCUGGACAACACUCUGCUCCACGCCACCUUCUUGGUGGGUGAGCGACUCACUUUGGCCGACAUCACGGUCAUGUGCAACCUCCUCUUGGCCUUCCGCUUCGUGUUCGACCCUCAAUAUCGCCAAACCAUCCCCAACAUCGUCCGCUGGUUCAACACCAUCAUCAACCAACCCAACGUCAAGGCCGUCAUUGGCAGCGUCAAGUUGUGCGAGAAGGUCGGCGCCUCCGCGGCGCCCGCUGCCAAGAAGGACAACAAGAAAAAGGAGGACAAGAAGCCCGCUCCUGCUCCCGCCGCCGCAGCCGCUCCCGCCCCCGCCGGCGACGGUCUGAGCAUGCCUUCCGAGAAGACCAAGGAUCCCCUGUCCGCCCUGCCCAAGGGCAACUUUGAUAUGGACGACUUCAAGCGGUUCUACUCCAACAACGACGAGGACAAGUCCGUGCCCUACUUCUGGGAGAAGUUCGACCCCGAGCACUACUCCAUCUGGCGGUGCGAUUACAAGUACAACGACGAGUUGGCCAUGGUGUUCAUGUCGUGCAACCUGAUCGGAGGCAUGUUCCAGCGUCUGGAGAAGCUCCGCAAGAACGCCUUUGCCUCCGUGUGCCUUUUCGGCGAGAACAACAAAUCCGCCAUCUCUGGCAUCUGGGUGUGGCGUGGCCAUGACCUUUGCUUUGACCUGAGCGAGGACUGGCAGAUCGAUUACAACUCCUACGACUGGAAGAAGUUGGACGCCAAGGAUGCGGAGACCAAGAAACUGGUGGACCAAUAUUUCAAAUGGGAAGGCGAGGACAAGAACGGGCUCAAAUUCAACCAAGGCAAGAUCUUUAAAUAGGCCGUGAACAGACCGUGAACAUCCAAUGGGGGGAUAAGGCACCAUUAUCCCCACUUUUCAACCCCAUUUUCUGAAAUAAAACCUUUAACGCCUAUUUUGUCA